CCAUGAAGCACCACGGCGCGGCCACGGCAACGUUUUCGGCGUCCAAAAUGGCCGAUAAGUCUUCUGUGAACGAUCACAAAUUUCGAAUCAAACAACAACCUCACUUCGUUGCUUCCGCUAGCAGUCCACCAAGUGAUCAUAUUAUUGACCAGAUUCAUCAGAUUUCACACCAGGCACGAGUUAAAAUAUCAAGUUUGAAGCAAGAAGUUGCAAAGAAGGAUCAGGACGUGAAGCGAGAGCAUGCUAUGAGAAAGGCAGCAGAAAGACGUGACCAGGACAAGACUACAGAAGGUACAUACAUUGAUCCUUAUGCUGGCUCUAGUCCAUCAGUGAAUGAAGAAUUAAAACAAUGGUUGUCUCCUGGGGCUCAGCGAAAGAGAUUGAUGGGAAGAGGAAACUCUCCCCCUGAGAGGAAGGAAAGGACCCCAACACAUAGCAGACCAAGACAUCAAGGUGAUGAGGCAGAAGGUCAGGAGCAGAUGACGGCUGAUAGCUACUACAGCUCAGAAGAAGACAGAAGGAUGGGAGAGAGAAAGUCAAAGAGGCGUGGUCAAGGCAGAAAAGACUAUGAUGACGAAGAAUGGGAUGAAAGGUCCUCAUACAAUAGAAGAAGGCAUGAUCCAUCAGGCUGGUAUGCAGAGUAUGGCCCCCCUCCACACCCUGCUUAUACUGCUCAUAACCCUUGGAUCAGCCCGCAUCGUGUGCCUCCCAUUCCAUCUUAUGACCCACGUCUCCUUCACACCAUUGGACCAGAAUACCCUUCUUAUGCCAUACCUCAUCACGCAGCUUCUACACCGGCUCAUCAGCGCAGGCACAGCUCGGGAGAACCCAAUCAUGCAUUCACUGUCCCAACACUAGUGAUUCCAACCCAGACCAAAGAGAGUGGUCAGGGAGAUCACUCAAGGGGUGUUGCAGACAUGGCCACACUGCAACAUUCCAGCCCUCAGAACCAGUCCUCAGUAGCUCCUCAACAGAUCCCUGUGACAAUCCAGAUCCAGCAGUCUCCUAGUAGUACCCAACAAGACAGAUCUCCACAACCAUUCACCUCCAUGACAGAAUCCGCAACAAAAGGAGAUUCCCGGUUGAAUACGAGUGAUAGGUCAGAUACUGUGACCACUGGGGUAGGAACCAGUCCUCUCCAAAUGCCUGUGAUGAAUGCACCCUUUGAUGAAAGAGGGCUUCCAAUGUUGCUAGAAGAGCUUGGAACUACUAAAGAUAAGAAUAAAGUAUUAUCUGAGAAGUGUUCUGAAGCAAAGCUAGAGAUUGAGUCUUUAAAAAUGCAGCUUGGUGUGAAAGAUGCCAUGUCAGAAGCAGAAAUAGCAGCCAAAGGAGCAGCUCUAAUAGAAGAGAUAUACACUGCUCAGAGGGAGCAUGAUGAGGCCAUCAUGAGCCGCCUAAAGCUAGCCAAUGAUGAGAGAGAUGAUGCCUUUGCCAGACUUCAGAGGUAUCAUUCUAAAGAUGGCUUUGAUUCUGGGACAGAUGUCAAUUCCAAUGAAGAAGACAACAUUCCUGCUGAUGGUAGCCUCAAUAAUUUACUGACAAGGUUGACAGUAGCUGAUAACAGAUCAUCAAUCAACAAGUACGGUUCAGCCAUUGUUGGACGUAUUUCAAAAACCAAAGGAAGGAGAGAAGAGAUCACCUCAGAAGAGAUGAGGGCCAUACUAAAAGAAAAGGAUAUCGCUGUAGCAAAGUGCAAAAAGCUUGAACGGGAAGUAAUUGAGUUGAAAAGAAACAGAGAAAGCUCUAAGUCAAGGAACAACAAUGAAAAAUCUCUGAAGGCACAACUUGAUAUCACUCGUGAUGAGAGAGAUAAAGCUUUAGUUGCUGCCAAGAAGCUUAAGGAUGAGAUUGAAUCAUUGAAGGUCUAUUACAGCCUUCACAAGUCCCUAUCUCAAGAGGCAAACCUGAGAGAUCAAUUUAACAACACACUAGGAAGCAUUGAAGAGCAAGUAAAGACAAGGGAUGAAGUCUUAGCCCGAACCCAACAGAAUAAUAGCCAGUUAGCUCAACAGGUCAGAGCAGCCAACGAUGAACGAAACAAGAUGGUCAUCCAACUUCAAAGAUAUGAGCAAGAGAAUCAGCAUCUUAAGAGUAAAACACAACAAUUGGAACGUCUUGUGGCAGUGCUCAGGAAGAAAGUAGCUGAAGGGACAGUCAAGACAGUGAGAUGAGAUCAUUCUGCAUCAACAAUUCAGACAAAAGUUAAUAAGAUUUAGGUCAAGUUUAAAGAGAAAUGCCGGUAGUUGCAGUAAACACUGAUUUCAUGAGAAAGUCUGUAAAACCAGGCUUAAUUGUCAGUAUAUCAUCAAGGAUCUAGAUCUGGUACAGUUAUAUAAACUGAAUUUUGUGAAAUCUUGAAAUCUACGCUGAAAAAUGUUCACACUGAAGAUCACCAACACAGAUAAGCGCACAUGAGACAGUAUUAUUAUUGCUUUGAAUGUCGGCCCGAUGCUUGACCCGAAUCCUGUGCUUAUUUGCUAAAUUCUCAGCAAUUACACAAUUUCUUCCAGAAUCCUUUGGCACAUAUUUUUUAUUUAUACAAACAGACACUUUGGUGGUCAUUUCGUUGGAUUCUGUUCAAACUCAUUUUGAUAUCGUUACCACAACUGGCUUUUACCUUUAAAGACUCAUAGAUUCCAGAUAUUAUAGUGUUUAUGAAAUAUUCCUUUUUUCAUGUUCGUCCUAGAAUUUGAUUAAUAUGUAUAUAAAUAUGUGAAUCACAUUGUUAAUACCUUCUCCGUUACAGUUAACUUUAUACCUCUUUAAAUUUAUAGAAUCUUGUUAUUUACAUGAUUACUGAUAAAUCAUGUGUGUAAUCUGACAUGGACAACGGUAAAAGUGACUUCUAUUUUUAGUAGUAUCUAAAAUAUUUGUACUCCAAGUUAUCAUUACGAGUCAAUCGAAUAUCUUCAUCAGUUCUUUUUAUAUAUGCAUUUGUUCAUGGAUGGCUCCAAUGAUACUAUUCAUACAUUUUACUCAGCCUAUUACAAGUUUUAGAUAUUUUAAAAUGAUAGACAUGGGUAGGAAAUACACCUGAAAAUAUGCAAAAUAGUAUAUGGUAUAACAUUUCAAUCAGGUAUACCUGUUUUAAAUGAUAGUUGUUUGUAUAGAAUUAUUUGGUGAAAAUUUUCUUUUAAUCAUUUAUGUUUUGACUUUUGCAAAAGUUCACCUGUAUGUGGAGCUCAUUCUUGCAUUUUCAAUUCAGUGUACAGUAUAUAGUAAAAUUUUUGAGUGAUUUUGAUAGAAACUGAAAUCAUAUCUCUAAAUUCUAUUCUAUUUCCAUUCUUUAAAGUUUUAUAUAUUUUUAUUCCAUCCAUUUCUGCAUGAAGGGUAAUAGCUUUACUUGUAUAUUCAUUAUGUAAAUCACCUUGAUGUCUUUUAGAAAUUGUAUGUGUGUGUGAUCAUGAUAGAUUGUAAUCAUGUGUGUAUUCAAUAUAAGCCCAUCAAUCUAUACACAUUCUUGAGUAUGAAAGGAUUUGUUUUCAGUUGAUUGAAGGUUACCAUGGUGGUAUGUACAAUCAUGGAAGAGUUUUACAAUAUUUGUUUUUUUUUAUCCGCACAUGUGAGGCAUACCUAUAUUGAUCAGUCUAUGGAAAAGAUAGUUAAUGUUUAAUGAAUGAUUGCCAAGGAGAAAUUUGCCAAUAUAAUCGUAAAUGAAAUUUAACCCAGGUUUGUAUUAUAUAUGCUUGAAAAAUAAUCAUAGCAAGGUUCCACACUAAUUUUUUUUCUUGAAGGCCAGAUCGUUCCACCAAAGUCGUUAAUUUCAUAUUUUGGUGGCCCUAAAACAAUAGAAAACAUUACAAUUAAUCAAAGUGUGGACUUCUAUGGAAUUUUGAUGGCCCUACAUUUAUUUUUGGUUGCACUGGGCCACCGGGCCAUUGCUAAUGUCGAGCCCUUAUCAUAGGAUAAAGUAGAAGAAUGCAUCUACUUAAUUAAAGUCUAUACAUAGAUAGACUACUGCCCCCUCAGUUUUGUUGUUGGUUUUUUUAGAUUUAUUUCUUUGUCAAGAGAUAAUAUAUCAUUAUAAUAAAUAAUGAAAUGAUAAUAUCUUCCACUCAACAUGUUAUUACCAAUACCAUUCUGAACUGUGUGGUCCAUUUUCAUGUCUUAUCAAAUUAGUGUACUGGUAAUAACGAUAAAAAAUGUUAAUUCAAAAAGAAUUAUUUACCCAGGGUAGCCACUUCAGUAACUAUACCAGCGAUUCCAUGACAUUUGCUCCUGCAACAAUUACUCCUAUGGAAAAUCUUUGUGUUAAGCCAAACAUAAAACAUAACCUCCCAAACUGAAUAAACCCUAUUCCAUAUCUUUACAUUAUUCUGAAACAAAACAACUCUUAUUACAAUCCUAAUUCUAACCCUAAGUCACAGGAGCAAAUGUUGUGUCACCAUACCAGUGGACCCUGAAUAACAGGACAGGCAUUUUUUUUUAUAAAUCGUUAGUAUGAUGUGGCUUGGAUUUGAACCCAUGAUCUUCUAUUCAACUGAUUACAUGGUCUAACUAUACUAUCAUUAGAAUAAAUUAAUCUCUUACUUAGCGGGGAAAAAAAUACAUGGGGGCUGGAGGCAAUUUAGCCCCCAAAAUGCUAUUGAAAAAAAAUGGAUAUCCCCAUUCAUUGCAUUGUUAAAACUUAUCCAAUGUUACAGAUUUAAGCAGUAAGUUGUGAAAAUAAGCCCUGGAAAAAAAAUCAGAAUCACCGGAUGGACAUACAUUAAAAGCUUUGGCUUUAAAAUACAUCAGUCAUCAUAUGUCACGUAUAUCUUGUUUAACUUGUUCAAGUUUUCAAAUAGGUAUCAUCAAACCAGUGAAUCCUUGAUAACAUUUUUUUAAUACUUAUUUUUAGUAUGACAAGUCAGUCCUUGCCAUUAUUGAUAUUCAGAAAAGGAAUUGCUGCAUACAUGUACAAUUUUUUUUUAUAUUUGACUUUUUUUAUCAACAAGCUAUCUGCUUUUCACAAUUAACUCCCGAUUUUGUUUCAAUGUCAGUUAUAUUUUACCCAGUUAUAAGCCAAAAUCAUUUUUUUAUAAGUGUUAUUGUAAUUAAAUUUCCUGAAUACUUUAGUACAAUCCACCACAGGUGCUAUUGUGACCUGGUUUUCUUUGAUGGAAGAACAACCAUUCAAUAAAACACAUGUGGAAGUAA